AUGUAUGUGCUCAACAGUCUCACCUCGUCCCUAUGGAACAGCGACGCGGCCAAAUUCCAGUGCGGCAGCAUACUUCUACAGACUCCGCGGAGCGUCGGAAACGCACGAGAAAACCCCGCGGUCGGGGUCUCCGCACAAAAACUGGAUGGUUUACCCCUCGGAGAGGAGGCACCGCAAUUCUCCUGCUCACCAGCAGACACCAUCACCUCGGAACCCUGGACAACUGACCUCGCAUCGACACGGUGGCUGGGUCUCCUGGCCACAGACGCGGCCCAGGCUGACAGCGGCUUCUCCCUCGCCCCCAGCCCGGAGCGCGACGAUCCCUCAGUGCAGCACAAGCCCAGCUUCGACGCACAGGCGCUGGCCAACGGCAUCAGCGCAGCCCCCCAGUUCGAGAGGGCAGCGUGGCAGAGCGACGUAGACGCCACGCUGACAGGCCACGAAGCCGUCCUCCUUCGCCAUUUUGCAGAGCGCUCGUCGCUCUGGUUGGAUCUCUUUGACCCGCAAAGGCUCUUCUCUACCUACGCCAUACGUCUGGCGCUGCGGAACACGGGUCUCAUGAAGGCCAUGUUAGCUCUGUCGGCCAAGCAUCGCGCCCGCUCGCGGGACGUCUGCCCUGGCUUCGAUGCGCAUGAGAGCGCCACAGAGGCGGCGAGCGCGGGCGGCGAGAAUGAGUGGAUAGGCUACUACUACGAGACGCUACACUACCUGUCCGAGGCCCUCGCCUACAAGUCAUACACCAACUCGGAGGAGCUGCUCGCCACGGCCAUCACCAUAUCCGCGUACGAGAUGCUGGAUGAGUCCGACGGGCAGGGAAUCUGGCAGCGCCAUCUCAAGGGCGUCUUCUGGAUCCAGCGCUCGCAGGACGUCCACGGGGCCUCGGGGGGUCUGCGCCAGUCCGUCUGGUGGGCGUGGCUGCGGCAGGAUCUCUGGGCCGCCUUUCGCGAGAGGCGGCAUUGCCUCAGCUUCUGGGUGCCGGUGCAGGACUACGCAGAGCUGGACCAACAUGCCAUGGCCAACCGUGCGAUAUACUUGCUCUCGCAGGCGGUGAACUACUGCGCCGACGCGAGGGGCGUCGACGGGUCGGCCUCGACCAAUGACCUCUCCGCGGCCAUGAAGAGACGACCGACCAAGGAAGGGCUGUUGGCCGACAUGGCGCGCUGGAAGACCUUUCUGGGGGCCGGCUACAAGCCGCUGCCCUCCCAAGCAGUGUCGGACGACGUUUUCACGCCCAUGUGGGUGCAUCCGCCUCAGUUUGGCGUGGCUCUGCAAGCGUACAGCUUCGCGCUGAUCCUCGUGACGCUGCACAGUCCCCAUCCCGCUGGCUUUGACGGCUAUCUCAAGAUGCAGAGGACGCUCUCUGGCUGCGUGGACACCAUCUGCGGGAUCGCCAUGGAGCUGGGGGACGAGGGCUGCCAGAUCUUCUCUGCGCAGUGCCUGUAUGGUGCCGGGCUGUGCGUGCAGGAUAGUCGCAAGCGAGACAAGAUUCUGGGUCUCAUGGAGGCGGCCGAGCAGAAAGUAGGCUGGACGCCCAUGGCGACGUGGCGGGAUGAUCUGCGCCGCGAAUGGGCCCGUGUGGACAAGGAGCACGAGCACGAGCACGAGUAG